AUGUCAUCCCCCGUCAUGCUCCUUGCCUCGGUUGGUAGAGACGCCAAAACCUCUGACGCGUCUUCCUCCGUUCGCGUGUACGUCCCCGAGAGCGCACGCGCGAGCUUAGCGUCGUCGAGCACGUCGACAGAUGAUUCCGGUGAACCGCUCUGCGCGCGUUGGUCCCCGACGAACGGCGCGUUGUGCGUCGGAACGAAGGGUAGGGGAUCGGCGCUGAUGAAACCAGAUCUUAAGCCGCUCGGGUGCGUGCCGGAGGAUGCGAACGAUAUCGGAGAGGUGCGGGCGAUCGAUUUCAGCGCCGGGUCGAGGUACUUGGCGGUCGGAGGCACGAGCGCGGGCGAGGAGGUGUCGGUGUGGGAUCUGAAGCGUAAGCGCAAACACAGAGUUUUCGCGGGGCACGAGAGAAGCGCGACGACGGUGAAGUAUGGGAUGUUCGGACGUGUCGUCGGGAGCGGUGGGGGGACGGGACAGGUGCUCGUGCACGACGUAGAGAGCGGGGCGAUGAAGUUGAAACUGGCGGCGCCGACGACAAGCGGCGUGACCUCGAUCGACUUCUCGAAGUUCUCGCCGCAGCAUCUGGUGUCUGCGUGUACGGAUGGCACAGUGAGGCUGUGGGACACCGAAGUCGGAGAGUUGCAGUCGACGCUCACAGUGAGAGGGUCAGAGUGCUAUCAAGUUGAAUUUUCACCCACGGCGCCGGGAUUGGUUGCAUACUGCAAGAGCGAUGGACGAGUCGUUCUGCAGGAUACGACGUCGCCAACACCCUCAGGAGCUUUAACGUUUAGAUCCACUCAAGCUACGUGCUUAGCUUGGCAUCACUCGGGAUUUGCGCUAGCCGUGGGAACCUCGGAUGGCCGAGUGUCUUGGCUGGAUACUCGAAAAAUCAGCGGUGGCGCGGACGUCGCCACAUGCACGUUAUACGACGUUCGGGCCCACGAAGGAGGCGUGCACUCGUUAUCGUGGCAACAACCCGUCCCGCACGCGUUUCAAGUCGAGACCACGCCCGCGCGCGGUGGCGUUGCGCCAGAUUCCCCCAUGACUCCUGUGGGUGAAAAAUCGGCGCGUCUGCUUCAGCAAGAGCACACGCCUCCAGUCGCGGCGUUAGCGCGAGACGAGCUAAAACUGAUCACGGCGAAAUCGUCUAAAGAGGCUUCAUCGCGCGUGGACUCUGGAGAUAUCGCUGCUCUGCUCGAUGCCGCCGUUGAGAAGCUCGGCGGAGAUCUCUCUGCCCGCAUCAGAGACGUCCACGUCGAAUUGUUACGCCAACAUCAGCUUCAGCAAGAGGAGGCCACGCGCAUGUUUGACGACAUGCAACAGACUCAACUCGAAAUGGCCGCCGAAAUAGCUUCCCUCAGGGCCCAGCUUGAGCGUAGAAUGUAA